GCAUAUGUGAUUGGACAGUCACUUUAAGGUGUUAGAGUGUGUUUGUGCACACAAGACUCCUUUUCCGCUGAUCCAGGCAAAUAGUGCAGAACUUGUGUGGAUAUAAAAGGGAGAAGGACAUGCAGAUCGUCCCAAACCAUCUCACCUCUGUCAUCUGUAACCAUCUAGUCCUCGGCUUCAAGAACAGGGUAAUAAUGGCAUUGUGGCUCCAAGCUGGUGCUCUCAUGAUGAUUUUGGCCAUCUCUGGUGUCAACGCUAAUGCAGGGGCUGCCCAGCACCUGUGUGGCUCUCACCUAGUCGAUGCACUUUACCUAGUCUGUGGUCCAACAGGCUUUUUCUACAACCCUAAGAGAGAUGUUGACCCCCUAAUGGGUUUCCUUCCUCCUAAAUCCGACCAGGAAAAUGAGGCGGCUGACUUUGCAUUCAAAGAUCAUGCUGAGCUGAUAAGAAAGAGAGGCAUAGUGGAGCAGUGCUGCCACAAACCCUGCAGCAUCUUCGAACUCCAGAAUUACUGCAAUUAAAUUACUUUACCACCUGUAUACACACAGGUACCAGGUGCCUUAAUGAUCUUGAUUUGUGUUUUUCAUAGAAAAUAAAAAUGUAUCAAUUACAGAAUGUGUUCUGGCUGAUUCUAAGUGGUAUAUUUGUAUUUUUUGUUAUUGGUCUUUGUACAACUGUACUGUGUUUAUAAAAAAAUUCACAUAUACAUAACAUGUUAUUGAAGACUAGAAAAUGCACAUGACAUCUGCCAAAAACGAAACAAAUAUCGUUAGUCACUUAACAAAAGACAAUUUUUGGAAACACCUAAACAGCCAAACAAUACAGUAGACCUGUAUAGAUAAGAAUAAGUAACAAGGAAUCAGCAGAAACUAUGGAUGGUGUUACACAAUACAAUAAAAUGUUUCUAAACUAAUUAUUAAAUCAAAUCCACUGAAUGAAUGUUAUACAAAUCUGCUGCUCAUAAAAAGGACACCAUCCACUUUAUCUACAAUUAUAAAUUGUAUUUUGUAAGUUGUUUAUCUUAGAGAAACAAACCAGUACAGUAACAUUGACCAUUGUGGAAACUGUGGAUCUGUUUUAUUUCCGAGUCAUGAUCUUUUUUGUCACUAAACAAAAUCUAUCUAUCAUUUAUUAUGCACUUUCCUUUCCAACAAAUUCUCAUAUACCAUCUGAUAUGGUAAUCAUUGUCAUUAAGUGGAUGCAUUGUAGAAUCUAGGAGUAAAGAUUUUUGCAUCUCCCA